AUGAAAAUGGGCGCAAGGCGCUGGAAUCAGCCGAGCGAAAACGAUCCAGAAACCAGCGAAAUCACAAACGCGAAUCUUCUGGAUAAUCUAAUAAUGAAGUCAGAUACUUACACGCUGAUUCAUAUAAUUUUCUAUUCUGAUUUCACGACAUUUCUAUUCAAAUCUCUUGAAGAGAAUCGCAUAGACAGAGAAAGGCAGAAGGAUACAAACAAGUCAUGGAAUGUACUGCGGCAGUCUUUUCUGGCAGAGAAAAGGGCUCUUCAAGCGGAAUCUCUACAGCGACACUCUUGGCUGCCAAGUCCGAUGCGUCAGAGCGUCAAAAAUCGUUGUCGGAUAACACAUGAAGUACGCUUGGCCGCAAACUUGCGUGGUCUCUACAGCGCGCGUUAUUCUGAAACCGGCAAAAUUAUAGCCGUCGGUUUUGGAAGUGGCAAUAUCCAGAUACGAAACGGCGAGACUGGCGAGUUAGAAGGAACGCUCAAGUCUGAUUUAGAAAGUUCCAUGCCAAUCAUGUGUUGCAGGUUUAAUCCGGCCCGCAGCGAAAUCUUCUAUGCUUCCAGUGCCUGUGGAAUCAUUUUUAUGUGCAACACGCAUACGAAAGAAUUUUCCAAAUUUAUAUUCGGUAUAAGGCAAACGAUUUUCAAUUACAUCGUACGUGGUAUUCUUUUUCUAUUUGCACUUGUCUAUGCAGAACCGAAGAACGAGGUGAAUACGAUUGAUGUUAGUAUCGCCGGAGAUUACUUGGUUUCCGGCGGUAAGGACGCAGCUGUUCGACUUUACAAUAUACACACCACUAAAUUGAUAUUAAUGUACAAAAGAAAGGAAGAAUCUCUGACAGAAAGUAAAGCCAUAAACUUUCAUCGAAUGAGAAUAUUUGUCGCAAGAUUUCACAAAGAGUAUCCCGAUUUAAUUCUAACUGGUGGCUGGGACGACACCGUUAGAAUUUGGGAUAUCAGAGUCCCAACCGGUUCAGUGAGGAUUAUUAGAGGCCCCCAUAUAUGCGGUGACGCUAUCGACACGCAUGAAACGCACAUCCUUACAGGCUCAUGGAUAGUGCGCGAUAGUCUACAAGUGUGGGAUCUGACGAGCGCGAAACUCAUCGAAACAAUAAAUCCGUAUAACAGACCGUCGACUUUGAACGGCGAGUUUCUCUACGUAGUGCAAUAUCUCAACGAGGAUCCUUAUGGCGAUCUCAUCCUGGCUGGAGGUUCCGGUACUGGCCUAGUUGAAGUGAUCAGUUUAAGGGAAAAGAAGGUAAUGGGAAGCUUCAAGGUAAUCAAGCCAAUAUUCGCAAUAGACAGCUACCAAACCACAAUAAUGUUCGGUGGCAUGGAAUCUGUAUUGAGGCUUGGACAUUACAAUCUUACCAACCAGAUUGUUAAUUCUUUUGAUAAUUCUUAUUAAUAAUAAUGUUAUUAAUGUUAUUUUACAAGAUGUUGCAAAUUAUCAUUCGCAAUUUUUACCAGUGUAAUAUAUUUAAAACAUAUUGUUUUGAAGUUGAAUAAUCAAAAAAUUAUUAUAAACUACGCAAUUUAUAUCAGUUUUUUUACU